GAAGAAGAAGAAGAAGAAGAAGGCAAAUCUGAGAUCAGUGGAGUAAUUCGCUGACAGACUGUUGCUGCUGCUGCUGCCGCUGCAGGGACGAACCUAUAAACAGAAACAAGAAACUCUUAGAUCCUGAAAAUCUCGACCACAGCAUCAUGUCUGCGUUGACGGGGAAGGUCCAGACUGUCCUGGGCCUGGUCGAUCCGAACCAGCUGGGCCGCACAAUGACCCACGAGCACCUGACCAUGACCUUCGAGUGCUGCUACUUCGCUCCUCCUCCACGUGAUGCGGCCGUGGCGCAGAACCCUUUCCAAAUGCAGCACAUGCACUGGCUGAGGCAGAACCCCUACAGCUGCCACGAGAACCUGCUCCUGAAUCAGGAGACCAGCGCCGUCCGGGACGAGCUGCUGGCCUACAGGAAGGCCGGAGGGAGCACGAUCGUGGAGAACACCACCACGGGCAUCGACCGGGACCUGCCCGCACUCCAGCAGCUGGCCAAGGACACCGGGGUCCACAUCAUUGCGGGAGCAGGAUUCUAUGUGGACUGCACCCACACUGAGGCCACGAAGAAGAUGAGUGUAGAAAAGCUCACAGACAUCAUCGUCGGAGAGGUGCUUCACGGGGCAGAUGGGACAGACGUUCGCUGCGGUGUGAUCGGAGAGAUUGGCACCAGCUGGCCAAUCACAGAGAGCGAAAGGAAGGUGCUGAGAGCCACAGCACAUGCUCAGGCUCAGCUCGGCUGUCCUGUUAUUAUUCAUCCCGGCAGAAAUCCUGCCGCUCCAGCUGAAGUCCUCCGGAUUCUCCAGGAGGUCGGAGGUGACAUCGGCAAAACUGUCAUGUCCCACCUGGACAGGACCAUAUUCGAUGAGGGUGAACUGCUGGAGUUUGCCAAUCUGGGCAGUUAUCUGGAGUACGAUCUGUUCGGAAUCGAGACGCUGAACUACUGUUUCAACCUGGACGUGGACAUGCCCAGUGACAGCCAGAGAGUCAAGGCGUUGGCGUUCCUGGUGGACGAGGGCUACGAGGACAAGAUCCUUGUCGCACACGACAUCCACACCAAAGACCGCCUGACCAAGUACGGCGGCCACGGAUACUCGCACAUCCUGAAGAACAUUGUGCCAAAGAUGUUGACGAGGGGCAUCACUCAGCAGCAGGUGGAUAAGAUUCUCAUCGACAACCCCAAACACUGGCUGACCUUCAAAUAAGGCAAACUAGAGGAGGCCGUAACCUUCGCUGAGUUUCUUACAGUGUCAGCACCCGCCCUAAUCUAGCAACUAAUUACCUUGCUCCAUAACAG